AUGUCACUUUUUGCUUCGGAUAUGCCACAGUUCCAGAUGAAGAAAAGAAAAUUGAUGGAUCUUGAAGCCCAAGCGAUGCAAGAAGCCAAAACCAACAUCAAGAAUUACAAAUCACCCUAUAUUGACCCUGAAGUCAUCUUUCCAACCGCAGCUCAAACACACUCAAAAAUGAAAUUAACUCCCAAAAUAAUCUCAGCUGGGGAGCUUCGCCUGAUGUCAAAUAAUUUACAAAAAUUUCAAAGAGACCUUGAGCCCCUGACUCAUCUGAGUGAAAGACUUUUACUUUCAGGUAUUCUUCAACCCGGGGACAUCCAUUCAAUAAUUUCGAGAUUCAGUGGGGUCCAAUCCAAGCCAGGUCAAAGUAACUCAAGGUCAAAAAUGAAAUCCAACUUACCAUUGAAGAGCAAAACAGAAUUGAACUCCGGCUCUAUAGCAAAGCAACUUGAUCUGUAUUUCAAGCAAUCAAAGCUUGAUAAAAAGGUGGAGGACCGAGAGGAAUUCAUCAAAAUAUUGACAGUGUUCAUGGAACAUUAUGUAGCCUUCAAGGGCUGCAUUGAGAUUCUACUGAGGUCUGCAGAAAACAGGACUACCGACGAAGCCCAAGAUCACAAAGGGUGGUCUAGUGACACAUCAGAAAGUGAUUCCUCUGAGCAGAUUUACAAGAUGCUUGUCCCCAAUCUUAAAUAA